UUCUUGCUUGUGGCUCUGACGGCUUUCGUCUCUCUGCCUCGAUUCUUCGUGUUCUUCCUUUGAUUUCACAUUCUUGCGUCUGUGCCCUAAUUUUUCUUCGCCGAACGCUUCGUAUUGUCAACUCAUUCUGAUGCUGCAUCAAACCUAGCCGUUUCGUUAUCCCUCGACUUCCUUAUCUUCGCGUUCUCUCAAUUUCUGCAAUAUCUAUGGACUCACAGACGAAGAAGCAGUUCCAUGAACAUGUUCUUGAUUCUUGGUUUGACAUCUUUCCUCGUUUUUCUCUUUUUCGUUUGAUUGUUUCUGAACGGUUCAUUCUUGGGUCUGAUAUAGAUGUGGUGCUUGUUCAUUUUGCUCCUGUGUUCUGAUUACGUGUUUAUUGGAUGACGUUGUUUUUGCCAGUGUCGGUAUAGCAUUAGUGCCCCUUUCAUUUCCAUUUGUGGCUGGAUGUCGGAGUGAAGAUUUCCCCUGUUUUGUUAUUGAAAAGCUUUUACUAUUUUUGGCCCUUUGUUCAUAUAAAAUAGCUUCCAGUAAUGGCUGGAUUGAGAAAAUCGACUUCCGAAUUUAAUUAGUGGUCUUGCUUUCCCAUUGUAUCUUUUACUUUUGAAUCUUUAUUUCCUUGUUUAUAAUUAAGAGUUCGGAGGCGGCUUCAAUGACCGCACAAAGUUGUAAUGUGUUGUUCGGUUUUUCCCUCUUGUUUGCAAGGUCCAGUGUUUUAUGAUCCUCCAUAAGUCUUUGAAAAUGCUCUUGUUUUCAGUGUACUUCUAGAGGAACAGUAGAGGAAGUAUAUGUUUUUGAGUUUGAAUUUUAGUGGUACAGUGAAAAAAUGUAUUUUUUUUUUUUUCUGGAAGUGAUGGUUACAUAUCCUUAGGAUAUUGAGGGGGUCUUGAGUUUUAAAUUUGUCGGGCUCCAGUUAUGCUAUUAUUCUUAGCAGAAAUCUGUAUAAAUAUAGUGGAAUAGCCAGUUAUAAGUUGAAUGUGGAGUACUGGGUUGUUUCUGCUUUAAAACUUGAAGCAAGUGAAUGUUGGGGCUUACAAAUUCCAAGAAGAAUGGAGAUUUAGUAGCUUCUCUGAGGUGAUCAUUAAAGUAUUGCACUGUGUUGCUUGGUACGGCAUUUGGUUCUCCAAACAGUUGGGUCACUUUUUGUUUUUCUUUUCCCUUUAUUGGGUGUUUCAUGACGGAGAAAGUCAGCAUGAGGAUAGAGCUGGUGGUAUUACUGAGCUAUAUCAAAUUCCAUGUACAACUACAGACUGGGAGCUAGUGGUAUUACUGAAAAUUAUGAAAUGACAUUAACUGGCGGUGGAGAUCUUGAAGCAUUUUGGAGCUACACAUAUGAGAAGUAUCGGAAAUUUCAGAAGCUAUUCCAAGUGGUUAUUGAUUCUCAAAAGCACAGGGAAUACAGUUCACUAUGGCUUGAUAGUAGAGCUUGUGUUGGCACCAAGGAAAGGUGGUAGUGCCUCUAGGAAGAAUGAGAUCGUCUUUGUUUCGCCAAAUGGAGAGGAGAUUAAGAGCAAAAAACAAUUGGAGCAGUACCUCAAGUCUCAACCUGGGGGACCAUCUGCUUUGGAAUUUGACUGGAGCACUACAGGUGAAACUCCUCGCCGUUCCAGAAGGAUAAGCGAAAAGGGCAAAGCAACAGAAACCCACGAAAGUGAGCCACCAAAGAAGAAGUCCAGCUCUAAGAAGGGGGCGAAAGCUAAAGACAGCGGUGUCAAUGAUGAGAACGAGGGUGCUGAAGAGAAAGAAGGUGUUGAAGCGACGCAAGAAACCAAAGCAAGUGAAGAAAUGGAAAUGAAGGAUGUAGAGCAUGCUAAUGAUAGUGGCAAAGAAGAGCUGCCCAAUAAGGAACCUGAAGUUAAAUCUGAGGAAGCAGUCGAUAAAGAGACAGCAGAGAAGGAACCAGGAGAGGCGGAGCGGAAGGAGGAUGCUGAGGAUAAGCUCGAGGUUCCUGAAGCUUCAGGUGGAGUCCAGAAACAAGAACACCAUACUUCUCAUGCGAAGGAAGAGGAGGCCAGAUGUAAAGAGUCACCUGAUGCUGCUGGGUCUAAAGAACAUGAAGAGGAAGCUGAUGACCGCCCAGCAGAUGCUGAGGCACCGAUCACUCAGAAGGAUGAAAACGAGCUUGAGAAAGCCUCAACUGAACAGCCCAGUGACAAAGAUAUGGAGGCUGGAAAGGAUGCUUCUGGGAAGGAUAAGUUGAUGGAGAAAGAUUCGAAUGAGCAGCAUACGGAUAAGGAGCCUAAAACGGGCACUUCUGGACAUGAUACCUGAUGGAUAAAUCAGACUAUCCUGACUCCUGAAAGACUAUUAGGAUUACAUUUUGACAUAAAUUGCUGUUAUGUUAGCAGGGGCCUAUGGCAUGCUUUAAGUAGUCUGGCGAUAAUCUAGGUUUUUAGAGUAGUUCUUUUGGCCUGAGGUUUGUCAUCUUGUUUGCUGAUAGAACACCUCUACAAGCAUCGUAUGGUGCAAUGCUGAUUAUGGUCGCCAUCAGUUGAACGACUUUGAUGUCCUUUUGGUGCCAACCUCUUGUCCUAUUUAAAUUCAAUCAGAAGGACCCCCCUUUUUGGUUGAAUCUG